AUGCUUACUGAAAAAUGCAGUGCUAUACUUCAAAAUAAGCUACCACAAAAACUUGGUGAUCCUGGCAGUUUUACCAUUCCAUGCACUCUGGGAGGAGUAUAUUUUGAAAAAGCACUUUGUGAUUCUGGAGCUUCAAUAAAUUUGAUGCCAUUUUCUAUCUUUAGAAAAUUAGAUCUUGGUGAAAUGAAAGACAUAGGUGUUUCUCUUCAGUUUGCAGAUCAAAGUACCAAAAAACCUAAGGGAAUAAUUGAAAAUGUACUUGUAAGAGUAGAUAAGUUUGUGUUCCCUGUAGAUUUUAUAGUGCUUGAAAUGAAAGAAUGUCCUGAUGAACCGAUAAUUUUGGGUAGACCAUUUCUUGCUACAGGAAGAGCAAUCAUAGAUGUUCAUCAAGGGCAACUAAUCUUGAGAGUUGAUGAAGAAAGAAUGAAUUCAAAGAUGAUCAAUUAA